AUGUGGGUUGUGCGCGUGCAAGACGUGCUAAGCAUGAAGGGAAAGCCACAGCCUCACCAAGAACUUAAGCAGAGAGGAUUGCUGUGGUUGCGUGAACACACCAGUUUAAAGUCUUGGGUGAUGUUCGUCUCCCAUCAGUGGCUGGGCCGCAGUCACCCAGACCCAAAUGGGGAACAGCUCCAAGUUCUUCAAGAUGUCUUGAGGCAACUGAUUGUUCGACGAAUCAAAAUCGAAUAUGACUUGACAACGCAGACCUACGUCAACGCCCGCAUGUUGACCAAAGCGGAGUGCCACAACCUGCAACAUGCGUAUGUUUGGUUGGACUGGUUUUGCGUACCUCAGAUGGUCCCCGGGCUUCCUACCACCACGCGUGAGGAGCAGCUGAACUACAUUUUCUCCAUCCCCUACUAUGUUGACUCGUGUGAGCUUUUCGUGGCUUUGGUCCCAAGGUGUCUGCACGAGACAGGCGAACCGGUUGGGGAAUCCACCUGGCUACAGCGCGGAUGGUGCAGGACGGAAAUGUGGUGCAAAGUGCUAUCUGAUGCAUCCGCCAUUCCCAUUAUUCUGGUGACUGACAGUGACGCGGCACAGUUUGCUGUGCCUAUGUGGAUGCACCACCCGGUCCACUCGGGGCAGUUUGCUGUGGAAGCAGACCGUGGCUCCUGCUGCCAGGUGGUGCAGUCGGCUUUGGAGCGGAAGAUGUUCGAGCUAAAGCGCCGUGGCGACAUGCAGAGAUACAGGCUUCUCCUGGCACGUUUCGAGGACAUGCUAGGCCUGCCAUUGCAGCAGCGAAGCUUGGACAAGUUCUUGGCGGAUUUUGGAUUUGGAAGCCUGCAGAAUUGCUGGAAAACACCUGGUAUCGGUCCUGUGGCCUGUGCCGCUCUAUCUGGGGACUGCCCCAUGGUACAGACCCUUGCUUCGGCUAGGGCUUCGCUGCAAACGCGGACCAGGGCGGAUGAAUUCAUAGGCGUUCCGCCUGAUUUCUCGCCUCUGCACUUAGCCUGUUGGUUUGGCUCCACGGACUUGCGCCCGCUCCAGACCCUCCUGCAGCUGCGGGCUGAUGUGCAUGCAGAUGCACCAACAACACCAGCACCUCUGAAUUUCUGCUCAAGUGCAGGUGCUGUUGAGCUUCUGGUUCAGCAUGGGGCAUCAGUGAAUGCGGCUACAUCGAAGUUGAAGUGGCCACCCAUCCAUAUUAUGUGCAUGAAGGCUGCUCCCCCGGAAGCAGUGGCUAAGCUGCUGGAGCUCCAGGCAGACCCGGAUGGAAACCCGGGGGGCUCUCCACCGAUAGCCUUUCUUGGCUUGACUGGCAACUCCAAUCCGCACUUGGUCGAGGUGGCUCAGCUGCUGAUCGACUACAAGGCCGGGGUCGGUUGA